CCGGUAGAAGGUGCACCGACUUGGCUCCAACCGCAGACAACCCGCCCCGAUUACCUGGCUGGAGGGAGAGGAGCUGCUCGGCCUGUCCAAUGACCCUCCGAUCGCCCGACACCACGGACAGUGCGAGCGCCAUAGAGAACGGGGAGCAGGGAUCAUCACCUGGGGGCAGCGAGGUGAGCCCGACCGGGGACGAGCGCAUUGCAACCUCCAUGGUGGAGCUCCGGAGGUCAGGUUGGUACUGGGGACACAUGACUGUCAACGAAGCCAAGGAAAAAUUGCAAGAUGCUCCAGAAGGCACUUUCCUAGUUAGGGACAGCUCCCACACGGACUACCUCCUGACCAUCUCUGUAAAGACCUCUGCAGGACCAACAAACCUGCGCAUUGAGUAUCGAGAGGGGAAGUUUAGGUUAGACUCUGUUGUUUGCGUACGCUCCAGGUUAAAACAAUUUGAUAGCGUGGUUCAUCUUAUUGAGUAUUAUGUUCUAUUGUCAAAAAACAAGAAAAUUGAGAAUGAGACUCUACCCAACAGGACGGUACAUCUUUGGCUAGUGAAGCCACUCUAUAUGUCUACCCCAUCUUUACAGCAUCUCUGUAGAAUGACUGUCAACAAAUGCACAAAGAAGGUCCAGGAACUGCCAUUACCAAUGAGACUAAAGGAAUAUAUCACAGAGUACCGUUACCAUGUAUAGAAUCACUUUUGCAAUGAUGCCUGCAGCAUUGGAAAUGCAUUUCUGCAAGCAACUUCCAAAUCCAGCCAAAUAUGUUUGAAUCCGUUGUCUGCUCCAUGCUGAAUGUAAGGACAUCACAUUGUGUCGCUCCAUUUUUCACUGGUUGUCAUAGGACUGUUCAGGACUUGGGGUUCUGGAACAU